UUAAGCGGUGUAUAGAUAAUGGAUGGAUGGAUGGAUGCCAUGCCCUUAAUUAUGUAUAACUUCAGGCCUCAAGCCACUAGAGGCCAAUUGAGAAACUUCAGUUUUUAGCACUUGCAUCUGGCUUCAUUUUUUAGCCCCUGAGGUUGCCUCUUAGUCGUUUCUUAAACACAGUACAGUACAAUUCUCAUCUAUCCUAGUGCACUUGGGCAGACAUCAAGCUAGGUGAAAGUAACACAUUUAGAAUUAACUUUUGCUUUUUUUUUUAAUACAGCACAGACUCACUUCGGUCAUGUAAUGUUAAUCUUAAAUGAACUGAGAGAGGGUGGGGGGAGGCUGUGUGAACUGGGACAUCCUCUGGAAACAGACCUGGUCUCCUCUCUCUGAAAGUGGCUCCCUGAGUAAAGACUGCAAUGCCACACUUUGACAUUAACUGCCUUUGAAGACGUGUAAAUAAACUGGGGGAAAAAAAAACUGAGCUAGGAUGUGAGGUGUAAAAACAGGCUGCGCUGCCAACAUUGUUCUCUUUCAACAGAAAACCAAGACAGGAAACUUGCAUGAGCAUUCCCUCUCUGACCAGCCUUGGAUUUCGCGUUUGGCAGUUUUCAUUUACAGACAGUUUUUUAUGUGCAUUUCUAUUAAAACAAUUACAAAAGAAGAAUGUUUUUUCAUUUUAUUCUCAUGGUUGUUUUCCUGAUGACUUUCCUGCACAACAACCAUGUGUCCAGCUGUGAUGUAAACUGUGCAGACAAGCCUGUAUUCACUCCAUCCAGACUGGUAGUGAAGUACGGUGACCCGACCUCUGCUACAUGCGUUGCAUGUCAGGGUGUUUGCCACGACAAAUUAUCUGGUUUGGAGAAAUCAGUGGGAGACGUCACAGAAAACGGAACUAUGUUGUAUUGGACGGUUGGAAAAUUGACAGACUGGGAUCCGUCUCCCAUGUGCUAUUAUAAUACUGAUUCUGGUGACCAGUGCUGUACCACCCUGCCUGUAAUUGUCUACCAGCCUCCAGAAAAUGUGUCCAUCAGCUUUGUAAAUCACAGCGGGCCGAUGUUUGAGAACAGCCAGUACACUCUGCAGUGUAUUGUAGAGAACGUAGCUCCUGUUGGGAACCUCGUCGUGACCUUCUACAGAGGACAGACAGAACUGAGCCGCCAAAAGUCCAGCAGCAAACCACAGGACAAACCAGUGACCGACACCUUCACUCUGAAUGUCAACAUCAGCAAAGAAGAUAAUGGAGCUCAGUACUGGUGUGAAGCCAAACUGGAACUGGGACCUGAAGGACCACAGCCUCCUCCAGUGGUGACGUCAGAAAACAUCACUGCCACAGUCCACUGGUCUGAUUUAAACCCAACCACAGUGCACCCAGCAACCACAACGACCCCCAAGACAGGCAGUGAACCAAACAGCAGUGCCACCAUCAUAUCAUUUCACACCUUCAUAAUGUGUUUAAUGCUUCUGUUCUCUACUUUGGUUUAAGUUUGUACCCAGAGACUGUAGGAGGCUGUUAGUUUUCAGAACUGCAACAUGUAAUCAAAGUGCAUAUUUGGACAGUGAACAGGCUUCUUAACCAUUUUCUAUCUAGCUCCCAUCUGAUGUCAGUACAAUUUAAGCACAUUUAAAGCCAGCCUGCUGUGAAAAUGCUUACUUUCUUUGAAAAAAAAAGUUUAACCUUUAGAGGGCACUAGCUUGGAAGUGAGUGCAGUUUAAAUACGAUUUUGUUUUUGUAAACUUACACAGAGCAUACUGUAAUAAUUAAGUUAGAGUGGCUUUAUCCUAUAGAUGGUUGAAAAUCAGGAAUCUGCAGGAAUGCUAGAGACAACAUCAUCAUGCAAAUGUUUUGCAGAUAUAAUGUUUUGAAUGAAGCCAGAGAAUCAACACAGUCAUUACAAUCAGUUCUGUGAGAAUCAUUGAUGUCUGUGACCAAAUUUUGUGCCAAGAUAUCUAGUAAAUGUUGAAAUAUUUCAUAUUAAAUCCCAAAUGUGAACCUUACUGGGGCCCUGGAGGACAAGUCAAGUUUACUAGUUUUAUAAUUUAUUUUCUGAGGAUGGUGAAUAACAAAAUGAUGGACUGACAGACCGGCAUCAGAGCCAUUUCACUCUGCUAGCAUAGUUAAAAAAACAUGUUUAAAAAAAUGAUAAAAGUUUAAUGCUGCCAUCAGUGUGUUUUAAGUUUCUGAUGCUUUAGCAUUAUGUUGUUGUUUUAUUAGGUCAAAAGGCCACUAUGUGUAGUUUCUGAAUAUUCCCAACUUUGGCACCUCCCAGUGGUUACAUACUGGUAAUGACACUUUAGACAUACAGCAUCUAAUGUACACGUGAAUACUUUUUUUCUAGCUCAUGUCCUCUCAGUAAAAAGCUGAAUCACACCAAGCUCUGUUUGAACAUGUGCAGACAAUUUUUGAUUUCUAGUUCAUGAGAAUCCCCAGUUCACAUCCCAGCCUGGAAUCUUUCUGCAUGCACAUCCUCCACUGCACACACACGCACGCACGCACGCACACACACACACACACACACACACACACACACACACACACACACACACGCACACACACACACACACACACACGCUACUUUCUGCACAUUUCUGGUACUUUCUUAGGAUAUAGAAGUACUAUCUCUUGCUAAACAAAUAAUGUUUACACCUAUGCAGUACCUUUAGCAACAAAAAUAGUGAUAAUAAACCUCUAGUAAAAAAAACAGUUAUAAUAUAUGUGAUGCAAUAAAAACGAGUGGUGCAGUGUGUUAUGCUCUCAUAACACACUGCUUGGCCAAAAAAAAAAAAAAAAAAAAAGUCACCACCUGGAUUUAACUAAGCAAAUAAGUAAGAGCCUUCCAUCAGAUAAUUACUGCAGUGAUGAAUACGUUUCUGCUGACAACUUAUUUAACUCCAGCUGGUGCAGUGAGGAGCUUCUCAUUUCUUAAACAACCAUGUUGGAAGACAUAUCCUGUGGUCAUGGAAAGGAUGUUAAGGGUCAAAAUAUUGACCUGCAUCAAGCAAAGAAAACAACUAAGGAGAUUUCUGAAACUACUAAACCAGGUUAAGAACCAACAAUAUUCCCAACUUUGGCACCUCCCAUCGGUUACGUCUUGGUAAUCACACUACAGACACACAGUAUCUAAAGUACACACAAAUGAUUUGCCAGCCCAUGUCCUCUCAGUGAGACACUGGACCACAUCAAGGCCUGUUAGAACAUUUGCAGACAAUUUGCAGAUUCCGGUUCAUGAAAUCUCCUUGUCCUACUUUGUUCAAUAAGGCAAGAGGAUAAAAUCGCAUAUGUGAACUGUACAAUACAAUUAUACCACAACUGUGUAGUUGUUGAUCCACCUAAAAGAAAUUUGUAGUUAACAGCAAUGAAAUGCUAAAAGUUGUGAAAUUUUGUGGGGUACAUAUAGAGCUAGAGAAAAGCCAGUUGUAUACAGCUGUAUGUUCUCCAGCUCUACAGUCGUUUUACUCCACCCAGUAAAAUGCAGCUGUUCAGACUCUCAACACCACUGAAAACAAAAUAAGUGGACAUUGAUUCAUUCUCAAAUGAUUCUAUUCCUUAAACAUUCGCUGUAUGGUUUCUAUAAGUCAAAAACAUUUCCAGUGUGCCAUUUGAUUUUUAAAAACUGUGGGAGAAUACAUUCAGAAACAAACUCCACCUCGCAGGCUUCAACAUUGUGAUUUAUUUUGGACCUCCUGAACCUCAUUUAUGUUUUGUUUUUUUUUUUUUUGGUGCUUGUUUGUUUUUAAAAUUUCAACUUCAUGAUAAAUUUUACUGUACAUCCUUAAACUACUCACGUGUGAUUCCCAUUUUUGUCACUGACCUGAGGCCAGGUCUAAACACCAGUCAGAUGAUUCUUUGUAAAUCCUCUGUGAUGCUUCUGUGUCUGAUGAUAUGUUUUCUGUUGAGACUGGGUGUGUGCUAUUCGAAGAGACUUCAUUUAUCCUGAAUUGCACAACUACUCCAGAAAAAACAAAGUGAGGCGCCCACCCAUUUUCUGAUCAUUUUACCCUCAACAUUUGUAAUGCAAGACUGUUUCAUCUGCUUUACACGACCAGCUGAACAUGAUGCUCUGCCAUUCAGUUCUUCUCAUUCUGUCUUUGAUGGCAUUCAUGCACGGCUCAGACGGGUCCAGCUGUGAUGAAGACUGUGCAGAUAAACCUGUAUUCAGCCCAUCCAGACUGGUGGUGAAGUACGGUGACCAAGCCUCUGCCAGGUGCACUGCAUGUCAGAGCGAUUGCCAGAGUGACCAAACUAACUUGGACGUGUCUAUUGGAAAACCGAGAAAAGAUGGAAACAUUAUAUUGUGGAAGGUUGACAGUAUGACUGCAUGGGAUCCAUCAGCCAUGUGCUACUACAUUAAUGACGAUGGCAACAUGUGUUGUAACCACCUGCCCGUAACCGUAUACAGUCCUCCACAACAUGUGAUGAUAUACCCGAAGAGAGACUAUGGGUCGGAGUCUGAGGGUAGUCAAUACUCUCUAAAUUGUAUGGUCUAUGAUGUGGCUCCUGUUGAAAACCUCAUUGUGACCUUCUACAGAAAACAGACAGUUCUGGGUCAGCUCCGCCUCAACAGCACCAGGAAGACUCCAAUGACUGUGAGCCUCAUUCUGAACACUUAUGCCAGCACAGAGCACGAUUCAGACCUGUACUGGUGUGAAGCAAAACUGGACCUGGGACCUGGAGGACCACAGCACCCUGUAGUGGUCAGGUCAAGAGAAAGCAUGGUCAUGAUGACUGCUAGCGGAACAGUGAUUCAAAGCUUCACAUUUUUGAUUUUUUGUCUUGGUUUUCUUCAUUUCUCAUGUAAUUAAGAGGCAGUUUAGUUAACACAAUAAAUAGCCACCCAUCUCCUAUACACAUGUAGCUCCUAUCAAUAUCAAUACAAAGCAGUUAAUUAAACAAAAAUGGAUAUUUUUCAGUCUAACGCUGAUAUUCAGCCGCUACUUGGCUAAGUUUUAAUCUGCAAAGUGAGCUGUGUUUUCCAGUUGUUCAUGAAAUCUAACAAUAUGUUAAUGCUUUUUAAUGCAUGUAUUUUAAAAUAUGUUUACUUCAGUAGUUACUUCCUCAGUGAAAUCUACCUUCUUUAUUCAAGAAUACAAUCAGAGAAAUCUGAGACACAGUUCUUUGAGUCUGUUUCCUCUUACUGAAAAGAUGAUGAAGGUCUGAGCAGUAGGUCAGCUGCAUGAUAUGAACUUUAUAUACAGCUAGGUGGGAUCCAAACCACUUCACAUUGUGCUCAUUUAAAAAUAAAGGAUUCUAAUUUCA